AUGAUAAUUGGUUGUGGUCUCCAUAAUGCUAUUCCUACAGCAGAGUUUCGUUUGGGUCGUGGUUUAGCUUUAUCUAGCACCUGUCAUCGGUGUCAGAAUGGUUCUGAAUCCAUUCUUCAUUGUCUUCGGGAGUGCCCUAGUGCCAAGGAGGUCUGGACCCUUUUAGGCUUGUAUUCAGAUAACUCGAAUUUACAUGAUUGGCUCUACAGAGGUGCAAGGAGUGGAGAUGUUUUUCUUUUCUUUUCGACCAUCUGGUGGAUUUGGAGAAGCAGGAAUCAUGACUUAUUUAAUAUAGAUGAUUCAUGGAGUGCUAGUAAAGUGGUGAGUUUGAUUCGUAGUUCAGUAAGGGAGUUUCACACUAUUUUUGCUAUGCAUCAAUCUCUGUCUCCUCCUUCACUUUGUUUGCAUUGGAUUCCACCUCCAGUUCAUUCUGUUAAAUUGAAUUGUGAUGCUAGUUGGUUUGCUCCUUCUGGCUAUGCUGGUUUUGGUUGUAUUAUUCGCAAUCCUGAUGGAUGUUGGUUGAAAGGUUGCACUGGAAAAGUCGAAGUGUGUAGUGUUCUUUUUGCUGAAUUGUAUGCAAUUUGGAGAGGUUUACUUCUUGCUUGGGAGAGUGGAUUUCGUGAGGUUAUUUGUGAAACAGACUGUUUAGAAGCUCUUUUCUUGGUAAACCAAAGAAUGCUUAGUAAGGAUAUUCCGGAAUGGGAUUUGGCAAAGCAUAUUCAGGAGGUUAUGAAUUGGAAUUGGAGAGUCUCUAUUCUUUUAAUUCAGAGGACUGCAAAUAGUGUUGCUAAAGCAGCUGCUUCUGUCGCGGACAUUCACUCGAAUUGGAGCCAACCAUGGAGUGAGCUUCAACAUCUAAUAGAUUUAGAUAUGACCCUAGCCAAUUAA